AUGAUAGCAGACAUCCUCCACGACAUCCGCAUCUGGACCCUAGUUGCCCUCCUCAGCGGCGUCUACAUCUACAUCCAAAAUCACCGGCGCCGCACACCCUUUCCUGUAAUAAACACACACGCAAACGACCUUCUCGGCCGAAAAGCCAACCAAGACUACACCACCAAUGCCUCCGCCCUAAUAACCACCGGCCUCACCGCCCACCCUGCUAACCCCUUCGCCCUCGCCCUCCCCAACGCCUACAAAGUUAUCCUCCCAGCUUCCCUAUCCAACUUCGUCAAAUCAAACCGAGACUUGGAUCACAGGGAGCUAGUGCGUCAAGACUUCUACGCAGGAUAUCCCGGUUUCGAAGCUCAGGAUGUGUUGCACGCGUCUGGGGACAUGCUGCUAGACGUCAUCAAGACGAAGCUAGGGCAGAAUGAUAGUAUUAUGCCUGUUCUGAGCGAAAAGUUGGAUAGUGCAUUGCGUGUGCACUGGGGUGAAGAGAGGGAGUGGCGGAUGCUGGACUGGCAUGCUGACACAACGGUUAUAAUCGCACGCGCUGCUUCGUCGGUGUUCAUUGGACCGGAGAAGUGCGAGGACGCGGAGUGGUUGAAGCUUGUGCAGGAAUAUGUCAUGGCAUAUUUCUCUGCGGUGGGCGAGUUGCAUGCGUAUCCAGCAUGGUUACGACGCAUUAUCCAGCGAUUCUUUUCACCUAAUGCAUCCGCAUGCCGGAGACAUGUCGCCCGCGCGAGGCAAAUCAUGAGAGACGUCCUCGCGGAUAGGGAACGCCAAGUUGAAGAAGCGAAGACAGAAGGUAGAGAUAAACCCGUUUGGAACGAUGCACUUGCGUGGACGCAGGUUGCUCCAGGAGGCAAAGAAGCGGAAGCGGGCGACCUGCAGCUGUCGCUUGCUAUGGCGGCUAUGUUCACUACGAGUGAGCUGUUCAGACAGGUUCUGAUUGACGUGGCAUCGCAUCCGGACGUUAUCGCGCCGUUGAGGGAGGAGUCGCAGCAGCAGAUUGCUAAGCAUGGCAUCUCGGUCGCUGCGACGAAUGGAAUGGUGUUGAUGGACAGUGUCUUGAAGGAGAGUCAGAGAAGGAGUGCGGCUGCGGGAAAGAAGAGCUAA